UUUGAAGUCUCCUAAACGUCUCGAUAUGUAAAUUCGCAGAAUUAUGCAAGAUUUCUUAGAAUCGUUGGAGGACAAGAUUAUCAAGAAGUAUGUCUCCUGAAUUCGUAGUGCACAUAGCAAGACAGAAGAUGGCUGCCGAACCGACGCUGCCUGUGUCAUCUACAUUUGAGUGGUCCAUUUGUGAUAUUCUGAAAAUGAUGGAUGCAGGCAGUUCUCACCAAACCACAGAUUGCCUGUUCAGCACUAUUAUAGACUGGCUUGGGCAACCGAACUUCAAGACAUCAGUGUUUCCAGCGCCCAGCGAACUCUGCGGGCUGUUCUCGCAUCUGACAUUUAACUUUUCAAAAUAUGUGCUGAGAUACAGUGCAAGUAUAUUCACAAACUGCAGUCGUUUUCCGUAUCAGGAAGAGAUUGUUAAUCAAUGGUUCACUGAAUUUACUGAGGAAGUGCAGCGAGACGAGGCAGUCCACAUAAUGAACGUCGAUAAAGAUGGACAGACAAAGAAGUGUUACACAGUCCAAAAUUCAAUUGAUAGUUUUCCAGUGUCGCUGGAAGAUGAUGAUUUCGAGGUGUUUUGUCAUGGAACAAGCCAUGACGGCGCUCACGACAUAAUGGAGUGUGGUAUAGACUUGACCAGGGGGAAAGGAAAGCAAGACUUUAGCAGUGGAGAUGGGUUUUACCUCGGUAAAAACUUUGAAGAAGCUUGCAAAUGGACAAAAACUCGUGGGCAUUCUACUUCUGCCGUGCUUGUCUUUCGAGUGAACAAGGUAGAAUUGAGAGGAGGUGAUAACGACAAUGGUUUGGAUCUCAGAAAGCCAGAGAGAAAGAAGGAAUGGCAAGAAGUAGUGUCACAAUUUCGCUCUGGAAAGCCAGAUAAAAAGUUCCGUAGAGACUUAAAUCGGAAUCAUCAGUUUAUUGAAGGGCCAAUGGCCUCACUAUCCAGCAAGAACCCACGUUUGGAAUACCCCAAGCAAAAAGAUGGCACUUAUCAGCUCUGUGUCAGAAACGACGAUUGUGCCGAACUAUUUGAUCGAAGCCUUCACACGGUAGUUUUCUUUGGGAAAUAAGGACUUUGUUCCAGGGUUUAUCUAUUCCAUCAGGGAAGAUUCGUCUUUAAUUUGAGCAGAUAUGUGCAGUCUUGUUUUACUUGUGUUAACAAAACAGGGUGUUACCUGACAUAAGAUUUCUCAGUAGGAUUUAGUUUUGCUAUUAAACUGAACUUAACCACACAUGGGCGUCAGUUUUAUCUUUGUAGCUUCGCUGCGCGCUGAGAGCGACAAUCAUUUAAUCAUUGGAGCCGGUAAAAACAAUUUCCUUGUGAGUUCAAACUGAUUUAUUAUAUGCGUGUCUUUCAACUUUAUCCGCUAUUCUGGCGGUUCCGAUCAGUUCUAAGAUGAACAUCCCUCCAAAAUGAAGGUUGUACUGAUAAAUUCCAGAUUGCUUCUUUCAAAGCUCAUAGGCUCACCGAGUUAGCAUACAUCAAUUACAAUUCUCAUUUUUAAAAACGGACAAUGAACGCGCAGAAUAACCAUGUGCCAUAUUGCAUCACUCAUUGCAACUCACUAUACACACAUUUGCUUUUACAUUACGUUAGUUUCUUCUGUACUUCAUUUGAACCAUUUGUUUGCAUUACUGAAUUAUGUUACAACAUGAUAUACACAGUAAAUUACUUAUCAUACAUGCAAGAUACAUAUUAUACAUUCUCUACAAUGAAACAAAAACUGAGAAAUUCUUCCCUAUAUAUUACAGAAAUGAGAUGUCUUUUGCAAUCUAAUCUCAAAUGGCUGUUCACUUUAAACAAGAGGACAUUUUGUACCGUUGAACUUAUCAAGAACUUAACAGUUAGCUGAAACGUCUUUGUACCAUCUACAAAAUAAAAAUCUGUGACGAGCUUUAACUUUUUUCAACGAUGAAUCUCCUGACUACAACUACUUGGGAAGUUUAAUUUGUGCCAUGCAUGUGCGCAAAUUUUUCCUCCUCUGUACGCGUUCAAAAUACACUAUGCACAACUGAGAAAAGCAAAAUGCAGGUUUCAAUUCUGUAACCUGAACAUUUUAUCAAUAAACUCUUCAGUUUCCAGGCGCAGUAAACAGAACUAUUCUGUCACUACCGCAAUCGACUCAGUCUAGUUCGCAGAAGUACGACAUCAAAAUCGAAGACCGCUGCUAGAUUUUAAAAAUAUAGUAGCUUCUUGCAUUUGGUUUCAAAGCUACAAGAGUAAUAGCUUUUGGAAAAAAAAAAACUAAAAAGCGAACAAAAUACAACGAUCACAUGAAAAUAAAUCAACUUGCUUUUGUGAGCUGAAAAAUUUCAGACUGAAAUUACGCUCAUCGCAAUACUGAGCUAAGCCUGAGCAUAUUGUGAUUGCGAUCUUGGAAUCUCCAACAAAGUUUUCUUAAGUUGAUUUCGGUAAAGGCUUUCACAGUGCGGCCUUAACGUUCCUUUAUUUUUACUGUGUACACAAAACUUUAAAAUUCUCGGUCUUUACGGCCGACUAACUAGACCGGAGACAGU